AUGCCGAGCCUACCCCUCCUCGUCGUCCUCCUCGGCCUGCUGGCACACGCCGCGGCCACGUCCUCCCCGCUCAAUCUCCUCCCGCAGCCCACCCACUCGAGCAUAGGCAACACGACGACCUGCCUCGACCCGGGCUUCAGCAUCUCCUUCUCGGCGCAUGCGCCUGCCGACCUGCGCGCGGCCGCGACCCGCGCAACCCGCGCGAUCCGCGCGUCGAAGAUGCGCUACCUCUCGCCCACUUACGGUGCCGAGUUCUUCCCGGCCACCGGAGGCUGCACGCACUGGGUCAAGUCGCUCACUGUCGCCGUCAGCGACGCCGCGCCGAUCGCGGCCCACGCUACGCGCAAGGCCGAGGCCCGCGUUGAGGGGUACAACCUCACUCUGCCGACCGACGGGGAGGCGCAGAUCGCGGCAGACACGGCCCUCGGCGCGUUCCGCGGCCUCACGUCGUUCCAGAACCUGUGGUACCGCCACAACAACGACAUCUACGCGCCGUUCGCGCCCUACUCCAUAGCCGAUAGCCCGCAGUUCCCCUGGCGCUCGCUGCUGCUCGACACGUCGCGCAACUUCUUCGACCCGGCGACCCUGCGUGACAUGCUCGACGCAAUGGCGCGCGUCAAGCUCAGCGUGUUCCACUGGCACCUGACCGACUCGCAGUCCUGGCCGCUGCGGCUGAACGCGAUGCCCGAGCUCGCCGACAAGGGGGCGUAUGAGCCGAGCAAGGUUUACUCCGAGGCGGAUGUGCGCCAGAUCACCGCGUACGCUAACGCGCGCGGGAUCGACGUCGUGCUUGAGAUCGACACGCCGGGACACACCGCCAGCCUGUGGUACUCGCACCCCGAGCUCAUCGCGUGCCAUGCCGCCUCGCCGUGGGGGGACUAUGCGAACGAGCCGCCCGCUGGCCAGCUGCGCUUCGCGGACCCGAACGUCACGGCGUGGACGGCGCAGCUGUUCACCAACGUCAUCCCGCUCACCAGCUCUGCUUACUUCGGCACCGGGGGCGACGAGCUCAACGUGAACUGCAUGAUGAGCGACGCGGCGACGAACGCGACCCUCGCCGCCAAGAACAUCACGCUGCAGGAGGCGCUGGCGCAGUUCACACAGGGCACGCACAAGACGCUGCUCGAGCACAAGCGCUCCCCGAUGGUGUGGGAGGAGAUGGUGCUCGACCACGGCGACCUGGGCCUGAGCAACGACACGGUCGUCGACGUGUGGAUCUCGUCGGCCAACACGAGCGCGGUAGCGGACAAGGGGUACAAGCUGGUGCACGCGAGCUCGGACUACUUCUACCUCGACUGCGGGCGCGGCGAGUGGAUCAACCAGGACGGCGGCGCAAACUCGUGGUGCGACCCGUUCAAGAACUGGCAGCUCAUGUACUCGUUCGACCCGUACAACAACAUUACGGACGCACAGCGCGCGCUCGUGCUCGGCGGCCAGGCGAGCCUGUGGGCCGAGCAGGCCGACGCGAGCAACUACGAGACGGUGCUCUGGCCGCGGGCGGCGGCGCUCGCCGAGCUCUUCUGGACCGGGUCGGCCAACACGGGUAACGCGUCGUUCCCGCGCUCGGCGCUCGACGCUCUCCCGCGCAUGCACGACGCGAGAUUCAGACUGCUCGACGCCGGUGUGGCGUCUACGCCGUUGGCGCCGGAGUGGUGUGCCCUGCGUCCUGGCGCGUGCGACCUCACGUCGUAG